GCUGGUGUCCAUAUCCUCCAAGGAAUAAUUCGUACGCUGGAUCUCCGAGAGGCGAUGGCUACGGCGCGCAUAGAACUGGAGGGAAUGAGAUACCUGUGCGCAACGACGGAUACGUUCAAGGAAGACCGAUCCUUCCCCCGCCAGCACCUCAAGCGGGAAGAGCGGGAACGAAGGCGGGAUGAGGAGGACUGUAGAGCUAGAGAGGAGCAGGCCAGGUUGGCCAGAGAGGAGGAAGAACGUAGAUUGGCACAGGAAGAGAAGCGUGAAGCGGAUCGGGAGGCAAAAAUGGCACGUAUCUUGCGGGAAUCCAUGGAGGAAAUGGGACUGAUGAAAAAAGACGGAGCCACCGAUGCCAGCAAGAUGACUUGGGAUAAAGUAGAUCCGCCUCAGAAGGAAGGAGACGCUAGCAAGAACGGCGAAGGUGGCGACAGCAAGAAAAGGGACCAAGGUGCUAUGGCUGGUCCGGAAAUCGCACAACAGCUAGGGACAGGCAGACCACGUGUUGAGAGCACCGCCACACCUCUGGAUACUGGACUGAUCAGAAUGGAUAUCAAUACCGUUAGACUAGCGCAGGACGCACAGGCAGCGAUGUUCAAACAGAUGCUGAACUGCUUGGAAGCUAUUAGACAGCAGGGGGCGGGGAUCGGGCAGGCUCCUGCUCCCGUUCCAAACCAGGCCCCUCCCUCCCAUCCCUCUCCUCCACCUCCUGUUCCCAUUUCCAAUCAGGCUCCCCCAUCUCAUCCUCCCCCUCCACCUCCUGUUCCCCAGACUUUCCCUGCUGCGACCCAGGCUCCCUUUGUGGCUCCUCCCCCGAUGAAUUCCUCUCCCAAUCCCACUCCUCAGGCUCCCCCCAAACCUCCCGCUCACGUCCCCUCCACCCCUGCAGCUACUCUGGCUCCUUGUCCCAGCGUUACUGCAGCCGGCCCGAGCACAUCCAGAGCGCGGCCUGCGAACGAAGGCACCCCCGCUGGGGGACGCUUUUCUUCUCGACUUGCUGGAAUGUUCGCAUCGGUCGCUGGCCACAACACAAGGAGACGUUCCAAUGGCAUCUCUAUCAGCGACGAGCCUGUCCAUCAGGAUCUGGGCUUUGAUCGGAUCAAUAAGGGCAAGAAAGCGGCUGUGGCGGGACUAGGGAAAGAAGGUAGGAAGAAGUAUAUUGAAGAUCUGACGGAGGUUUUGUUCAACAAAUCAAAGCACAAGCUGGAAGAGCUGUGCAAACAGGACAAGAUAAAAUACGUGAACAAGAAGAUUACAAGCGCUGCCUUGGCGCAGCUCCAGGCCAUUGAUGCGUACGGCGAAGAUGAGGAGGAGGAGGAAUCUUCUGAGGAGGACGCUCAAGAAGAGAAUCCUUCCUAAAUAGUCCUUUGAUGUCCCCUCUGCCUGGCUUGAGCUUGAGAAGUUAAGAAAUGAACGGAAAAGGAAAGG